AUGCAGCACAACCUAUAGGAUUUUCUGAGAUUAAGCACUCAUUGGAUUCAUUCCUCUCAAUCCUUAAUCAAGAAUAUCUCAAAAAGAGAGAUAAUCACUUAAAAUUUCAACGAGCUUUACAGCCAAGAGAACUUUGAACAGUUCUACUGUCACACUUAACGAGACAGGAAAAUCUCAAAAAAUAGAAUCUUAAGCGUUUAAGAUACAUCGGGGAAAGUUGCUGAAAGUCAAUAUGAUAUCGAAUCCAGCCUAGAUUAACUUGAACUAUAAAGCAUUAAGGAGAUAAAUUAAGAGGUAGAGAAGAUGCUCGAUAGCGAUUACUUCGAGAACUAGCAUGACUAAAUUUCUGAUAAAGACUAGCAUUUAAAUCCAAAACAAAAAUCUGAAAUGGACGAAUAUUAGAAGGUAGUAAUCGUAAAUUAGAACAAGAAAUUAAACUUGGUCAUUAGUACAGGUCUAUCUGGAGAAACAGAAUCUCAUCCGAACUAAUCACAUUCUUUAUCAUAUUCUUCAAACUUAUUCGAUUUCAAACCAAGCAAAGGGGUUAUUCAAUAAAACGCCUAUGCCCCUAGAUUCUCAUUCGAUGCUUAGGACUACUAUAAGAAGCAGGAGGAAAAUUUAGGAGAUCAAUCUCAAACUUAAAAGUCAUCUUUGUCAGUUCAUAAUUUUUAGCCAAAUUCCUAAGCAGAUGACGUUUCUAAUUAUCAGUGGGGUUUCAAAACCAAAUAUAAGACUGAGAUAUGCAGAAACUGGGAACUCUACGGCUAUUGUGAGUUUAGUCAAAGUUGCUCAUUUGCACAUGGCGAACAUGAGCUUCAGAGAAAGUAGCAUGUCCCUCAGAAUUAUAAAACCAAACUCUGUAAAUAGUACCAUGAACAUCUUUAUUGUCCUUAUGGCAUGAGGUGCCAAUUCCUUCACUCAGAGGCUAAGUCAGAGUAAAAGAUAGAUAUAGCCUACACUUAGAAGUUGGUUGAAAACGCCUAAUUGAUUAAUUAGAUUAUCCAGUAAUAGAGCUAGUCUCUCAUAGCUAAUUCUAAUAAGAAAAACGAGCCAAAUAUUGGCACUAUAUCGAACAAAUCAUCCUCUAAGAAAACUAAGGAUCCUUUGGAAGGUGUAUUUGGUAAAGGAAAAAGACUCCCAGUGUUCACAGUAAUAACCUUUAACAACAAGGAUCAAGCUAAGAAGUCAAAAGGGAAAAAGUAAAAUGCAGGAUCCUCAACUUCAAAUGGAAAAAAAGUCCAUAAAUUUGGAAAAUAGCAUUCUGAAAAAAUAACAAAUGCUAAAAAUCUUGAACCAAUUCUAUUCCCAUCUACUCCCUCAACUUAAAUAUCACUUAAAAGGUCUAACAAAAAGAAGAUGAUACUUAAUAAGGAAGAAUUAUAAAAUGCUCUUUGA